AUGGAAGAUGAUAGACCAGUUUGCAAACCAAUUGAAAAAUAUAGAGAUGUUUUAUCAUGGGAAGGUGGGGCUGAUCAGUUCUCAGUUUCUAAAAUACCUCUAGCAUCAAACCAACUGAAAUCAGGGGUGCCUAAAACCUUGAUUUGUCAUGAUAUGAAAGGAGGCUAUUUAGAUGACAGAUUUGUUCAAGGAAGCAGUUCAUCUGAUGCUUAUAGAUUCUAUCAUUGGCAGUAUAUAGAUAUAUUUAUAUAUUUUAGUCAUAAUUUAGUGACUAUUCCUCCACCAUGUUGGACUAAUGCUGGACAUAGACAUGGUGUCAAAGUAUUAGGUACCUUGAUUACAGAAUGGAAGUAUGGAUUUGAAUGUUGUAAUUUAUUUCUAGAAAAUGUUGAUGUUUAUAAAAAUUUUGCAACUAAAUUAGUAAAUAUGGCUGAAUAUUAUAGAUUUGACGGCUGGCUUAUCAAUAUAGAAAAUGAAGUUCAGUCCAGAAAAGUCAAUGAUUUAAAAGAUUUUGUAGAAGAUUUAACAAGAAAGAUGCACGAGGCUAUCCCAGGAUCAGUUGUUAUUUGGUAUGAUAGUGUUACUGAUACUGGAAAGUUGGAUUGGCAGAAUGAAUUAAAUGAUAGGAAUAGGAUGUAUUUUGAAGUGUGUGAUGGUAUAUAUUUAAACUAUAAUUGGACUCAUGAAAAGUUAGAGAACAGUAAAACUAUAGCAGUAGAGUAUGACAGACCAUUUGAUGUAUACGUUGGUAUUGAUAUAUUUGGUAGAGGUACACCAGGUGAUGGCGGUUAUAAUACUAGAGAGGCCUUAACUAUGGUAAGACAACACAAUUUAUCAUCUGCCCUUUUUGCUAAUGGUUGGGUUUAUGAAACACAAGGCAAAGAUAAUUUUACUCAGAAUGAAAAUAGGUUUUGGAGAGAAAUAUGUGAUUUAUGUCCAAGAAAUAAAAAGAAUACUUUGCCACUUGCCACAUCAUUUUGUCAAGGAUUUGGUGAAAAGUUUUACUUGAAUGGUUUGGUAUGUUAUAUUUGUUAG